AUGCUUCGGGGCUUGCCACAUCGACAAUUAAAUCAAUAUGCACCCGAUGAUCUUAUGGAUGAAAUGCAGAAGCAUAUGGAAGACAAGACAAUACCAAAGUUUAGGUAAGUGAAAUGUCGACAAAAAAUAUGGAAAGCGAGCUUUUUGAAGAGUCGAAUAGGGUAAGAAAUAUUGUAGUAUUCAGUGCUAACAGACACAUAGAAGGUAUUUGUUCAUUUAUGACUAGAUAGAAAACUGAUAAUGUCGGAUCGAAAAACGAUCUUUUUCGAAAGUUUCGGCCGGAGGUCGACUUUUGUACUCAAAAGUAUGUUUUCGAAUGAUUUUCCUUACCAAAGAUCGAUAUGUACUAGGAGUGCAUCGGUUAUUUUUUUGUAUUUUUCAAAAAUUCACAAUAAUUGUCUUGUAUUUUCAUAAAAACGAUUUUCAACAUUUUUCUAAAACGGCAGUUUUGUAGAGAAAACAUUUCUCUACAAGAUGAUAUAUAAUAGUUAAUUUUAAAGUUUUCUGUUUCCUUUUAGAAAGCGUUU